CAUGAAUCCUCUCCGAAAAGUCCCUCCGUCCAGGAUCAAGGAUUGAUUCAACCCACCACCACCACCCUCAUCAAGCUUUCGACUUCCCACCUCCCAUCCCUGAAUUGACCUUGACCUGGUCACUUAGCCUCCAUCAGCGCAAUCCUUGCAUUGUGCGUCCACGGCGCUUGGACCCGUCUUCUCAUCCUCCCUCCAUCCCUUCUUUGUCCAACGUCUCCGAUUGCGAAGCGAGACAACGACACCAACGACACCAACGACACCACCGCAGCACCAAAGCAACAACGAGAAAGUUAGUCACUCUAGCUAGGUCCCUCAGCCAACUACGGCCCUCCUCCCUCGUCCAUCAACUCCCUCCGAACGUCAAGUUUAGGUCCAUGUGAUCACCACACGCUUUCUGCGAACGAGGCUUCAGAACCGUGCCUACCUACCUACUUGCUACCUACCUGCCCACCAAUCAAUCUAUCAACCAAACUAAUCAAGUCUCCAAUUCCUCAAACCUGUACCUAUCGUCGUCCCCAUAUCAUCCCGUCGACCCGACUCAGUCUUGACCACCCCUCCUAGAGUCAGCCGAACUCCUUGGGCGCCACCGUCUUUGCGGAGUGGGAGGGUGGGAAAAGACCGGCACGGCGCAAAAGCCUGCAUCGGUACUGGUUCGUUCGUUUCGACCAGCGUUGCCAGCCUCUCACUACCGGAUUGAGUUGGUGUUGUUUGCACCAACUCCAGAGUGCCAUUCCGUUCGAACAGGGUAGAUCGAGUGGCCCUUGGACUGCGGUGGGCUGGAUCCUACUACACCUUCGGCAAGUCUUGCACUGCAUGGUGUGUUACAAACACCAAAGAACCAGACCUAGAGCGGCAUCUACCAUCGAACACUAUUACUAUACCCUUACGUUACACUCUACCGGACCCCUAGUGGCUUUUAUCUCGUAUGAGGGACUAACACCAAACGAUCGAACUGUUACUGGGUCCGAGGCUUUGCAGAGAACCUGAGUCUGAGGGGCGGUCACUGGCAUCGGGAAAGUGUGAGCAGGGGAUAAGAUCCUACACCUGUGUGGCGUGGACUCUUCGCUUAAUCCUCAACACCUAUUCCUGGUCUGGGCAUCUGCGUACCAACGAUCAUCGCUGUCCCCUCCGCUCCCCGGGGACCAUCAUGGGCCUCUUCAAGUCUCUCAAGGGCAAAGUUGACGUCGGGACGGAGAACCCUUCGGCAAACAACAAUCUAGGUCACGAAGGAGGAUGGAGCCGGACACAAGGUCGGCAGGAAGAUCACUACGCCCCUCCACCAGGGCCGCCUCCGUCGCAUCAUCAACGGAACUACGGGACAGAGGAGACCGUUCAGCCUCCUUCCGGUCCACCACCAUCACACCGCCGCGGCCACGAUGGCACUCACAAUGAAGACUUCUCCCCUCCGCCCGGUCCGCCGCCCUCCCACCUCUCAAGCUCAAAGCCUGACAACCCUCCACCCUACCAUGACUGGACUGUGAUUCCCGAUACGGCACUCCUCCCGCCACCUCCGCCGCUACCACAAGACUACUCGCCAACGAACAACGCGUCGUACGACUCCGCGGCGCGUGCCCACGAAUGGUGUGCAAAACACCCUGUGUACACGCCCAGCACGCCUAGCCACGAGAUCCACCUCCUGGCAAAUGCAGGCCACAUUACCCUGGAACCUCCGCCGUUACAGCUGCGGAAGCACUUGACGGCGUUCCGGCAGACGAGCCCCACGACGUGGCACGUGGCGACGAGCAAACACCAGCAAGACGCGAUCAUUGUGGCCUCGAUCCCCUUGUAUUUCGCCUGUGUGGACAACCCGCUGUCCACCUCGGAGCCGAAGACGAUCUACUUUGAGAUCGCCGUCCGCCGCAUCCUCAACGCGAACUCGGGUAUCGCGAUCGGGUUCGCCGCGAAGCCCUAUCCGCCGUGGCGCUUGCCCGGGUGGCACCGCGCGAGCAUCGGCGUGCACGGGGACGACGGGCGGAGAUUCGUGAACGACCCGUGGGGCGGGCGGGACUUUGUCCAGGCGUUCAAGGAGGGCGAAGUUGUCGGAGUGGGCAUGCGUUUCUCCACGCAGGCCGCGACGGGUGCUCAUGGAGGCGGGCCCGGGAUGGGCAAGGUCAAGACGCGCGCCUUCGUCACCAGAGACGGCAAGGCCGACGAGCGGUGGGGCUGGGACAUGGACGAAGAACGCGACCUGCGCGAUGAAGGCGUCGACGGCCUCAUGGGCGAGGGCGACCUGUACCCCGCCAUCGGAGUGUUUGGCGCCGUCGAGUUCGACGUCAGGUUUGGAGACAGCGUGAAUUGGAGGGGGAGAUAGAUUGGAGGCAAAAUCAAGUGAGGCGAGGCGAGGCGUUAUGCGGCGUGAGGGAAUCUUGGACUGCCUAUACUGUAACCUGAUGCAAUAAUGAGCCAAGGGAUCGACGAUGCACCAAAUGGGAACACAUGUAUUAUAUUCAGAAGCGACAUGGUUUUAUGUACGGUCACUAACUAGCCAAACAGCCAGCCCGUGCACCGAGAAACUAAGUCAUCCGUUUUCCGCAUCGAACCUCAUCUAUGUAUGAUAAACU